GAUGACAGAAGGGACCUGGCUCUUCAGAAGCUGAGGCGAAUAAUCCUUUUCGAUCCAGCUACCUCGGAGCUGGGUAAGACUGUCGCGGAGGAAGCAAAGCUGAUGGACGAUGACUUCAUGCUUUCGAGGUCGUUCACUUGCGCUUUUGCCUCGAAGGCCACGGGGACUUUGUCGAAGAGAGCCUUCUCCCUAUCAAGGUUUUCGGUGUGGAUGCUGGAGACCGAAAGGCACUCGCCGUUGAGGGCGUCUGAAGGGCAGGUCUUUAAGUAUGUCCUUUUCUUGGAGCAGAAGUUCACAGGAGCCCUCUCAGGGCAACAUUUUAUUGAAGCAGUGCGGUUCUUGGAUUCGGUCGCCCGCCUUACAAUCAUGAAGAUCGAUGUUGUUCUCAGCUCUAGAGUCCUGGGUCAGGCCAGGAUGAUGAGGGCCAUGAAGAAUUUCUUAAAGCAGCGGCCACCUAUAAAAGCAAAGCAGCUUAUGGCCCUUGAGCAGAUGGCGGUGGAGUGUGAUGCCAGAUGGUGCUGUAUCCUGGGGCAUCUCUUGUUCUGUGCUCAUGCUUGCGCGCGCUGGUCGGAUGUCCAGAGAGUGAAGCGAGUGUGGGUGGAGGUGGAUGAAUCUUCGGGUGUCCAUCUUGUUCAUGCUGAGACUGCUGGGAUAAAGAAUGCCACGACUGCGGAGGCCAAAGCCCGACUUUUGCCAUUAGAGAUGGGUUCCAGUGAGGGGACCGCUUAUCUGCGAGAAGCCCUGAUGUUGUGUGGAGCAGAGGAGUCGGAAGUGCGGGACUAUGGUACGCACUCCCUGAAGGCUACUUUGCUGACCUGGACCUCCAAGAACAUUUUG